GGUACAGCCUGAGGGCGGUGGACGAGCCCGAGGGCCGCGCCUGGGACCUGGAGAUGAUGGUGCGGAAGACCGGCUUCGAGCAGUGCAUCAUCUACCCGUCGCCGCUGGAGCAACCGCACUCCUCGGAGGACCCCAUCCCGUCGGCCUGCUCGUCCUCCUCGGCCAUCUCCAAGUCCUGCAGGAUCCGGUACAGGGCGCGCGGCGCAGAUGGCGAGGUCGAGGCCGACGUCCAGGAGCUGACGAGCGAGAUACGGCUGCUGGACGACCGGGGGAGGCCGCUCCCCGUGCUGGCAGGCCCCCGGGCCGCUCCCCCGCGGACGUCGUUGCCGCGCUUCGGCCCGGGCGUCUUCUCCCAGCUUCGGGCCCAGGGCCUGGGGGCCCUCACGGAUCGAUCG